CCCAUCUGACUCUUCCCGUGAACACCUGUUUCAACCGCUUCCAUGCGGCGGCUCUUCUCGAACGCGGGGCCGCUGGAGCGCUCGGCCUCCUGGGCGCUGCCGGAGCCCGCGCUCUUCGACCCGGGCGGAGGGCCCACGGUGGCCCACAGCCGCCCGGAGCUGUCCAAGCGCCCGGAGGACGUGCGCCUCGUGUCGGCCGCCGCCAAGGGAGACUUGGACGCUGUGGAGCGCGCGCUGCCACAAGCGUCGCUACAGGCGCAUGUGCGCCUGUCCGCCUGCCUGCGCGCCACCACGGCGCUGCACGCCGCGAGCUGCGCGGGGAGCGUGGAGGUGGUGAGGCGCCUGAUCGAGGCGCGGGCGGAGGUGGCACGGCGCCACGGGCAGCUGAGGGCGCUGACGCCGCUGCACGAUGCGGCCUGCGUGGAGGUGGCGGAGCUGCUGCUGGGGGCCAGGGCCAACCCCUGGGCCAACGACCCCCGGGAGCCCGACCCCGCCUGGUACCACGAGCAGAUGAGCCGCGGCGCCGUGGCGGCGCUGAUCCGCCGGCGCCGCGCGGCGUCUUCCGCGGAGGCGGAGGGCGAGGGCGAGGCGUCGCCGGAGCGGCGCGCGCUGCCGGCGCUGCCGCUGUCCGCGGCGGAGCUGCAAGCUGUCCGCGCAUCAUUUCUGAUGCAAGGCCACGAGGUCUUGCCACGCCUUGGCGAGGACGCGGAGUGCUCCAUUUGCAUGGUAGACAUUUCUGCGGAGGACGAGCUGAUAUGCCUCCCUUGCGGCAGCAGUUGCCGGCCCCAUGCCUUCCAUGCAGCUUGCUUGAGUCGGUGGCUCCUCACCAAAGCGGGCGCUUGUCCAAUGUGUCGCUCCCUGGUUCACAAACGCAAGACACGCAGUGCUCCUGCGCGCAGCCGUGCGCUGCCACCCCUGCCCUCCCCAUCCCCACCGCUCCCUGCGCGUUCCGGUGCGUCCCCCGCACCUGCACCUGGGCGCCCGCCGCUGCCCAAGUCUCGCACCCGCAGCGCGCGCCGUGUGCGGGAGGCGUCGAUGCCAGCGCUGCCGCCCCUCCCGAUGCUGGAGGUGGGUGGCCAUGCGCUGCUCAGCUAAUGCACCGAGGAAUGAUCUCCUCGCCAUGUUGCACCGAAGGAUGUGCAUUUUCCUUUUAGCUUGCCCCGAGCGAGUCUCGGAUCCCACGUUUGAUUUGAAGGGACUGCACCCAAUUGACGCGACAAAUUCGGGCGGCCGGUGAGAUGAACCGUGCCGCCCUGCAUCUCGGGGCCAUUGCCAUGCUGAGCUGGGGAUCACAGAGGAUCCUGGGCCGUGGCAAGCGCUUCCUCGCCCAUGGAGAAACGGC